AACCCGCCGUUGUGACGAAAGUGCAGAGACAAAGCACAAACUAGGCUCUGGUGGACCGGAUACGGAAAAGUGGUGCCUUGGGAAGGGCGGGAGCAAAUUCGCUUUCCUAACUGCGCGUGCGCAGCCUUCAAGCAUGGCUGGUGGUGAUUGGACGACGGGUAGCAGGGGGCGGAGGGCGCCGAUGUCUGGUUUUGGGCGGGAAUUGAAACCGCCACUGCAACCAACAAGAACUUGAAAACUCUAAAUAUCAAGUCUCGAAAGGGAUCAUGGUGCGGCCUGUAAGACAUAAGAAACCAGUCAAUUACUCACAGUUUGACAACUCUGACAGUGAUGAUGAUUUUAUUUCUGCAACUGUACCUUUAAACAAGAAAUCAAAAACAACACCUAAGGAGUUAAAACAAGAUAAACCAAAACCUAACUUGAACAAUCUCCAGAAAGAAGAAAUCCCAGUACAAGAGAAAACCCCUAAAAAAAGGAUGGCUUUAGAUGACAAGCUCUAUCAGAGAGCUUUUGCACUAGCUUUAUCAGUGAAGGAAUCUCCAACAGUCACCACUAAUGUGCAGAAGUCUCAAGAUAAAAGUGUUGAAAAACAUGUCAAUAGUAAAACAGAAGCAAUGAAUAAGUCUCCUCAUAUCUCUAAUUGCAGUGUAGCCAGUGAUUAUUUAGAUUUGGAUAAGAUUACUGUGGAAGAUGAUGCUGGUGGUGUUCAAGGGAAAAGAAAAGCAGCAUCUAAAGCUGCAGUACAGCAGAGGAAGAUUCUUCUGGAAGGCAGUGAUGGUGAUAGUACUAAUGACGCCGAACCAGACUUUGCAUCUGGUGGAGGUUCUGAGGAUGAUUCCGAUUUUGGUGAGAGUGAGGAUAACGAUGAAGACUUCUCUAUGAGAAAAAGUAAAGUUAAAGAAAUUAAAAAGAAAGAAGUGAAGGAAAAAUCCCCAGUAGAAAAGAAAGAGAAGAAAUCUAAAUCCAAAUGUAAUGCUUUGGUGACUUCGAUAGACUCUACUCCAGCUGCUGUCAAAUCAGAAUCUCAUUCCUCGCCAAAAAAGGUUUCUCUUUCUUCAGAUGCCACUAGGAAACCAUUACAAAUAUGCAGUCCUUCAGCUGAAAAUAAGAGACCUAAAUGGGUCCCACCAGCGGCAUCUGGAGGUAGCAGAAAUAGCAGCAGCCCCCUGGCAGUGGUGUCUGUGAAGUCUCCAAAUCAGAAUCUCCGUCUUGGCUUGUCCAGAUUAGCACGAGUUAAGCCUUUGCAUCCGAAUGCCACUAGCAGCUGAGUGUGGUACCAGAGGAAUGUUCGGUUGAGAGAAUCACAGCUUUACAAUGGUGUUUAUAUUUGAUUUAUGUUUAUAUUUGAGGCAGGUAUUGUAAUAUAAAGGAGUCCAUUACCAUGUCCUAUAAAUGAUCGCUAGCUAUUUUAUGUUUAUGUUCUCUGUAAAGCUCUUCAAGACUUCAGUGAGAGUUUUGUUUAUAAGAACUGUCUUCUCAUGCCUUUCCUUGUGAAGAGCAUAUUCUAUUUUUCUAUCAGUUCUACAUGAAGGAAGUCCACAUCACAUGCUGUUCUUUUCUAGUUACAUGAUGUGCCUUUCUAGCUUUAGCUAGUUUAUAGCACCUUAACUGUUCAGUUUUAUCUGGCAGAGGAAACAUUCUUAUUUUUCAGAAGACAUUUCUGAAAUCUUAUAAGCUACUUAAGCUACCUUGUCAGUUUUAUUGCAAAGGUUUUUUGUAUUUUAGCCAAAUCUUUUUAUAUUACGAAUUUGGAAAUAUUUUACACACAAAAAUGGUUGUGGUUGUAUGGCAUGCAUCUCCUAUGUAGAUGGUUGCUCUAUAGCAAAUAGAAUUUAAAGACAUUUUAUUAAGUCUUCAUUGUCAAAACCUUUAAUAAAAGUGGAAAUAUUUUGAAAUGCUCUUUUCCUUGAUGCCACUGCAUACACCUGUUCCUGACUGUCCACAUUUCAUGAUAAAAUGAGAGCUCUGCAGAGAAUGUUACCAUUUUGUUGUAAACAUGAACAAGGGAAAGCUGUUUCUUCAAGUAGUCACUUUUUGUUAAGUUCUUUAGAAAGAAGUUGUCAAGCACUUAGUCAACCCUAUUGUGAUAUUAGAUAAUACAGCUUUUCAGGAAGCUUAGAUUUGAAUUUACUUUGAAAAACAAUUGUAACGAGUAUUUUAUAUUCAUGGUGAGAAUUUCAACUAGCUUCUGAUCAAUUUUUAAUAAAAAAUUUUCAAAUCAUGUUAACUGUUAAAAAAUGUAUAACACAACUCAGUUUUUCUUGGUUUAUUGAAAUGUCCAUGUGAAUGUGAAAAUAAUUAAUUUAGAAUUGUGAUUAAAGUGAGCAUUUGUCUAC